AUGUCCUUCUUAAAAGAUAUUAAAUUUUAUGUUCAUCUCUUCAACAUCUUGGAACUCAUCGUGUCCACAACAUGCCUCGUGUUUGAAUCAAUCUUCAUUAACGCCUUCUUGAUAUACAAUCCUAAUGUUGAUUCUUCGUCUUACUAUAACAUAUUGACCAAGCCCGCAUACCAAUGUUUCUUUGGCACGGCCGUACUCUUCGGUUUACUAGAUUUUACGGACUGGGCUUCAGAAGAAGGCUUAAUAAUAAACCGAGCAAAUGGGAUAUCGGCAUUCAAAUGGUUAUCGGAGCUCUCACAACCCAUCUCACUAAAUAUCACCGAUCCGAAGUAUAGAUACGGAUUAAAUGUGUUUGCGCGUAUCGGCUACUCCUGCUAUAUCGCCACAAUCUGUCUAGGUUUUGGAAAUGCCAUAUUUUACGUGGUAUCCGCGGUGUUGGUGUUCCAUUGGAGGAAGAACAUGUAUAGUGUUGUUGAUAAGGAUGAAGUUCAAAGUGUUGUCAAUAUGGACGAAAUUCCAAACGCUAGUGCCGUCGACCGAGAUCAUUAA